CAAUGUUUAAAACGACCUUCACCCCUCUUCCGGUAAAUUUAGGAUUCGUGGAGUCUACAGUAUUUAUGUUAAUUUAUUACUUUAAUUUGAAUACUAUCUCUCUGAUAAAAGUGUAUAGGUUUAAUUUGUAAUGCCAUCUAUUGAAGUAGAAUGAGCUUGACUGUCAACACGCGACAACAGGCAAAUUGGAACAAGUGCAUCUGGUGUCAAGAAAAAAUCAAUUUCAAAACACCUAAAGAUUUUUGUCGUCAUUUAAGAGACUUUCACUGCACACGUGAGGGUGGAUCUUAUGUGUGUAGGUAUGGAAGGAAUGGUGUUUGCCCCUCGCUGCCAGUAGAUGGUGUCAGUGACUUGGAUUAUGAAGAACAUAUCAUGAGAGAUCAUGUAAAUCAAAGUGCAGAAAACACAAUGUCAGCUCUACAAAAACUACACACAACACCAAGACGCCCACAACCUCCAUCAGAGCCGUCUGUUGUGGAAGACCAACACAAAUGGACAGUUUACAAAUCCAAAGUCAACCUUCCUGCAGCUCUCAAUGACCCGAGACUCUUGAAAAGGGAGACUGAUUUCUUCACAAAAACAUGGGGUGUAGAUUUCUAUGACAAAACACACUUACCUGUUUCACCAUACUUGCAAGAAAUCAACUGGUCUCAUUUUGAUAGUUACGUAAAGAAAACAUCUGCACGCUACAAAAAGCACAACAAAGAGCUGGAGACAUUGAAUGGAAAACCAGAAACACACCUGACCAAGACUGUCAGACAGGCAGAAAAGAACAGAACAGAAUUGGAGCAAAUUCCGAAGUUGUUCUUGAUGCCAACAUUUAACUUGGAGAACCCAUCCACAUUCAGCGCGGUAUUUCCAUGGACACAGGUAGAAGAGAGCAAGGUGGACACCCCCGGGGCCAGGCAUUCAUCCAAACUGCUACAGGAGAAGAUGAGCCACUAUCUCGAUAUAGUGGAGGUGCAGAUAGCCCAGCAGAUCUCACGUCGGUCUGAGGCCUUCUUUCACGCCAUGACCUCACAUGACGAACUCCAGGAGCGAAUGAAGACAACUUGUGGACGCAUUAAAUACCUCAGGGAUAAAAUGAACAGUAUGGACAAUCUAAUGGCGAGAGGUUCUCUGAAAAUAAUGAGGUUAACCAAGUCAAGGUGCAAUUAUAUACAACUUCACAAUAAGUUAAAGCUGAUGGCCACUGUACAUCAGACCCAGCCAACAAUUCAAACACUGCUGUCAACUAAUGAGUUUGUUGGGGCCCUGGACCUGAUAUCUACCACACAAGAGGUUCUCUCCCAGGAGCUGGCUGGGGUACACAGUUUGAGGCAUCUGGGUUCACAGCUGGCAGAGCUACAGAAGUUGAUAGAUAUCAUGAUCCAGGAAGACUUCCAUAAACAUGUGACCAACGAGCUCAACAGACCCGUCUCAGAUACUUCACCAAUUAUGGACGAGGAAAAACUGGUUGCCAUCUUGUUUGGUAUGCUUCGACUACACAAGAUGGACUUCCUGGAUGUAUACAGGGAUGAGACCUUCACUGGCAUGAAAGCAGUUGUCAAACAGACUGUAAUAGUAGCUGUAUGUGAGGCCGAUGAUAUUGACACAGAGAACAAUUCCAGUUUGGCGGACCAGAUGCGGCUGUUGAACUACCGCCAGUGGUCGGCCCUGAUGGAGAAUAUCUUCAACAACCUUCUCACCAUCCUUAAACGAGCAAAAGCAUUCCAUGGUAUUGUGACCGAUGUAGUGGGCAUAGCUGCAGGACGAACCAAAGUCCCCACCCCCCUCCAAUCUCCGACCACAGAUUCCCCCGAGCCCUUAGAGGAGCCAACACAUCUUAAUGUAUCUGUGAGUGGUGAUGUAGAUGUUAUGGUAAGCAGUGAGGAGUACGGUCAUGCUGUAGCAGGACUCAAAGAACUGAUGAUCGCUGUCUGUGACCACGCACAUGACCGCUGCUGUAAGGUUCUCACAGCACGAGGAAAGGAUGGGUUUCUCGAGCGACUGUCAUCUGCAGAGUUUGUGACCCUGUCACGGCUGAUUGAAAAGUUUGUCUCUGACUGUGAGGAGGUGUGCGGCAGGAAAAGCACGUCACUCCGGGUUACUGUUCAGAGUCAGGCUUGCAGAUUUGUCAGCAAGUUCCAUGAAGACAGAAAAAAUAAACUCAGCCUGAUCUUGGACAAUGAGCGUUGGAAGCAGUCGGAUGUUCCCAUGGAAUUCCAAGGCCUGGUAGAACACAUCUCCACCACAGGACAUCUCUCGCUGCCGGACAACAAGAAUGACUCCGAGCGCAGUGCUGGUGAUUAUCUGAUGGUUCAUGGAGAUCGGUUUGCAGUUGUAGGGACGGUGCUUAUGCUGCUGAAGAUGGUUGUGGAAUAUUGCCAGUGUGCUGAUGACAUUCCCUCUGUCGCCUCUGACCUUCUGACACGCCUUGUCGACCUGCUCAAGAUGUUUAAUUCGCGAACUUGUCAGCUGGUGUUGGGAGCUGGAGCAUUAGAACUUGUAGGCCUAAAAACUAUAUCAACUAGAAACUUAGCUUUGGCCUCAAGGUGUUUACAGCUGGUGGUCCAUUAUAUGCCAAUGGUCAGACAGCACUUUGAAAGCAAGCUGGUCAAUCGGCAAGUCAGCAUGCUCAAACACUUUGACCAGAUUUCAAAGGAUUAUACAGACCAUAUAGAUGAAAUCAACAACAAAUUGGUUACAAUCAUGGAGAGCAUGGUGGACUCACAACUCUCAAGGUGGGAGGUGAAGGCCCCAAUGCCGUCCUCGUGUUUUCGUGCAAUAUGUAAACAGAUGGCCAAGCUGCAUGAGGCUAUUGUAGACAUUCUUCCUCAGGAACGGGUCAAGGAGAUCUUUUCUCGUAUCAACCAAACGUUCAAGUCGGUGCUUCGUCAACAACUUAUCCACCUAAAUGUGAUCAAUAAUGGCGGACCGCAGCAUGGGCUGGUGACAUCAGAUCUGACAUUCUAUGCUGGAAGUUUUAAGACAUUACGAGGUCUAGAAGAUCUCGCACAAGAUGUACAUGAUGUAUGGGACAAGAGAUGACCCUAGCCCUGUGGUCAGUGACCUUGACCUUGGAUAUUGAAUGAUCCCAGUUCUCUUAUUUUUGGUCAUGACUUUGGAAGCCAUUUUCAUCACUAAGGCCAUCAAAACAUCACCUUGACGUUUAAGAUCAUAAUUCUAAAGCUCAUGUCAUUCGCGACCAAUAGUUAAUAAACUUGACCUUGACCCUGGCUGUGAAACAGCCCAAGUCAAAGAUCUCUUCGAAAGUAUGACAUCACCAGGAACAUGUAUUUAAUAUUUAUUGCCUUGCCCUUUAGAAUAUAUUGACUUUCAAAUGUCCUUGACCUUUGUCUGAGAUGUUAUGACCUUGAACAACUCAAACCCAUCUGCUAGAAACCACUUUGUCGUCUCCGAAAUGACACACAUUACCUUUCAUCAAAUUUCAUAUAUCUAUACCAAGAGUUUCACUAUUUUAAUGUUGAUAUCAUCUUCAAUUUAAAAAUACCAGGGGUACCUAGUAUGUUCAACUAUUGAUUGAUGUCAGAAUGUGAUAAUUUCUGAGGCUUUCAAUUAUGUAAUGUGAAAGUUAAUUAAUUUAAUUAAUAAAUUAUUGAUUUAUUUAACCAUAUGUUUAUUGCAAUAUAUUAAUUGCAUAUGAACAGAACCAGUAUUUUCUGUGAUAUAUUGUUAAAAGAGUACAGCACUCAAUAAAUGGCAAACAAUUAGU